CAUUAGCAUCUGCCUCUCAAUAAAACUUGAGAGCCAAAAUAAAUAACUCGCAUACAUCCUACAAUGGCUUCGAAUUACUACUUUUACAUUUUUACACUUGCACUUAUCUCCAUUACUAGCAAUGAGGUGUGUUAUGCUUCGCGCCAGUUGCUACAAGCAACCCCGUCACUGCCACAACCACAGAUACCGACUAUCCCAACAAUGCCACAACCACAGAUGCCAACAAUCCCAACAAUGCCACAACCACAGAUGCCCACAAUCCCGACACUGCCCCAACCUCAAAUGCCCACAAUCCCAGCACUGCCAACCAUUCCCACAAUCCCUAAUAUGCCCAAGGUUUCCAUGCCUCCAUUGCCUUCAAUGCCCACAAUUCCUACAAUUCCAAACUUUCCAACAACUCUUCCUAAAAUUCCUUUCUUUGCACCACCACCUUCCAAAUAGUAGACUAAAUAUGAACAAGUAUGCUGCUGCUAAAUCAAGGGAAAAGUCAGUAGCUAUCAUUGAUAUAGCCGUCAUACAAGUGAUCAAUACAUUGCUUUUAAGUUUUAUUAGCAUCGUGAUUUGAGAUAUGGGGUAGCUUACUUUUCUUGUUACAUGAUUGUCAUGUGUAAUUUUUUUGUUUCU